AAAUUUAUAUUCCGGAGAUUAGAAAUAAUCCCGAUGAGUGAUCUUAGCGCUUGUUUUUGCUCACCUAUUCAGUUGCAUAACAAUCCCUUAUUCGAUAAGAGAAAAGAGUUUUUUUGGAAGGAAAGUUUAUACAAUAGAAGAUACUUUCCUGUUCAUACCAUUCAAAACUCUUGUCACACCUUGUACUAUUACUGGUUUCUCCCGCUGUUCAGUGAAAACAACUCGAGACAAUCCCUUGUACCGUUGGUGUUUAAACUCUCCGUAAGAAUGUCGGGAACCAACAAGAGAAAGAAAAAGAGUAAUAACCAUUCGCAGAAUUCGAAAAGUUCCGAGAAAAAGAAAGAGUCGAAAAACAUAGAGUUUCGUGGACCCCUGUCAGAGGCAUAUUACGACUCAGAUAAGCUCAACAACGACCUUGUGUACUCUGAUAUUGCUAAUACCGACAAAAAGAAUGCCAACAAAGAUAGAGUUGAGAGUUCUUCUUCUAAACUGGGUUCAAUAACUUCCAACACAACUAAAGAUUUGUCAUAUGGAGACGAUGCAAGCCCCCAUAAGCCCUCUCCAGAUUUCCAAAUAGCUGAAGAUUCUAUCAAAAGUCUUACAGAGAACUUUAAGAAGAGACGAGAUCAAUUUGUUCAGAACCUAGAAAAGGAUCCAAACUAUGGUUUGAAACGUAUUGAUGAAGACGACUCUUACGAUUGGGCAGCAGCUUUGAUUGGUAGAGGACGCGCGAAUAAGAAAGGAUUCUUUCUUUUACCUUAUCUACAAAGUGGCCAUAUUGUAUGUUUAGUAGUAGUGUUGCUUUGUACCUUUGUGUACUAUCCUGGGUUUUACUUGACAGAGCUUCCGGAAUCUACCAGAGAAGUUCUCAGAAAGUCCUUGGCAAUUGUCUUUUCUGUGAAUGGCAUACUUGCUGGAUACGCCGGUUGGGAAGCCAAGAGAAGAAAUCAACCCAUUGUGCUAUGGAUAAUCAAGUGCAUGUUGUUAGGAGGACUUGCACUGAACGAACUACAACAAAAUGUACCACUUACUAUGAAGACUCCAAAACAGGACUCUCUUUUACCAACAAGUAUUAAUAGAAAAUAAAAAGUUAACAAGCUGAAGAUUUCUCUUGCUGUUUCCAUUCUGAAAGUAUUGCAGACCCUACCCAUUCUCUUUCAAUAUUAUAAGAUUGUACAAUACGACAUAAAUGUCUUCCUCCUCUA